AUGUCAAGUAUUUUCUUUCUUAUACAUGCAGUUCUUUGGGAGAAUAAAGUAUUUUGUGGAACUUCGAGGGAGUUGGAAGAAAUAAGCAGCCGCCUCCGAACGCAGCUAAUUGAACAUUUCAGCGUGAAUCGCCAUGAAGACUUCAAUCCAACAAACAAAGACAAUGUUAGGAAUUACAUCAAAGAAACAAUGGAAAGUUAUAAUCUCGAAGUUGAACUGCAAUAUUUCGACUCUUUAUACACACAGUACGAGGGAACAAAUAUCAUCGGCGUUCUCCCAGGACCAUUAGUAGGGACGGCUGAUGAUAGGGUUGUCCUGCUAGGGGCGCACUACGAUUCUGAAAAAUUAACCCCUGGAGUCGACGACAAUGGAUCAGGGAUGGCAAUUCUUUUGGAAGCAGCUGCCAUGGUUACCAGUAGUAUAUGUGAACACAGAAAUACCGUCAUCUUCGCUGCAUUUGAUUUGGAGGAAUGGCAGGAUGUUGCAGGAGACAUAAGCAUUGGAAGCCUCUACUUUGUGCAAAAAUGGCUGCUGCCUUUCCUGACUAAUGAUAAUGGUGCGGCAAACAGUUCCUUCCAGGGCGCCCUCAUCAUGGAAACGGCAAUGAACUACAAUAAUACUGUAAACUCCCAAAUGAUUCCAUAUGGAUUUGAGCAAGUUUUCCCGGAUGUGUAUGCCCACCUUGUGAAUCGUGGUUUUCGUGGCGAUUUCCUCAACGUCAUUGGAAGAAGGACGGAUGCAGUCUUCAGUGACAAGUUUGUGGAACAUCUUGCCAGGAUCGACGACACAAAGCCGGUAUUCUACACCGAGGCAACCCAACUACCAAUAGAUGGUGUACCAACAGAUGGCGAAAUAAAUAUGUUCGGAGACUACUUCAGGAGCGACCAUACAAGAUUUUGGGAAGUUGGACCACCUUACCUGAAGGCAUUGUUCAUAACCGAUUCAGCCAAUUUCCGAUCUCCGAUGGACGCCUGUUAUCACCAGGAAUGUGAUAAUCUCGCAAUGAUUACGGCUGAUAAUCUACUAUUCCUUGCUCGGACAACGAAAGCUGCGACCACAAUGAUAGAAGAACUCGCUAUGGAUUGUCCUGUUGGGACAUCUUCGUUGUUGAAGUCCAGCAGUGUCGUUUGGUGUGCUGUUCUGUUUUUCUGGAUGUUCAUUGCGUUUCAGUGAUCAUCUGGUAGCGAAAAGACAUAGGCUGUUGAUGGUUAAUUGAGCGUUUGAUUAUACAAUGUAGAUGCCUUUUAUAAAUCUCACUGUUCGGUUUUCAUUAAUUGUUACCUGUUGUUUAUGAAUGAUUCAUAGUUAUCUCGAAAGACAAUACCUUGUUGUAUAUUUUUGACAUUUGAUUGUGACCCAGUGACCCAGUUAUAUACAUGUACAAGACAGAGAGGUCAGCUAAGGAAUGCACGCUAUAAAGUAUUUAUAAAUGCACGCGACAUGUACACAUUGUUUGAGCUGCUCUUGUUCCAAUUUAUAUGUCUGGGUAGUGCACGAGCGUUUCGCGAUAUGGGGAGGCCCCCGUCUAGCCAAUCCAUUAUUUUUUGGAUUUAAAUGAAACUGUUUUAAAUAAAAACCGCCCAUAAAAAUUUCAUAAGUAUAUUUAUAACAAUGUCUUUGCUGACUUAAGUGUUCACUCUUCUUGUUAGGCUAGUAAUAUUUACUUUCUUAUAUAUACUUGGAUUACCCACGGUUAGUCAUAAAUAACUUCUCUGAGAGAGGGCUCUGUAUCACUUUUCUCAAAAUAUCACAAUAUAGAGUCUGUGAUUCGCUUUUGUGGGUCCCUAUAAUUGGCAGGUUUAUAUCUAAAUGGGAUUUAAAUAUUUAUAAUUUAUACCGCAUUAAUCCACGUCCAUGGGUAAUCCGGAAUGAGUGUACAGAUGUACAUUAGAUAUAACACGAUAAUUCACAACACUCCGUUUUUGUAAAUAUUAUCGGAAUUGAUGGUCCCUGUGUGUGUCGGGUCAAAGAAAAUAUUUAAAAUUCAAGUCAUCUUCUUAAUGUAUUCGCUUUUAAAGCGGAAGGGUCGUCACUUGCGCACGCGCGGGAAUUGAGUCCCAAACGACGUUAACAACGCAUGCUAAAACGCAAAGGCUCAUGGGUAGAUGCAUGUUUGUAGACAUUGACACGCUUAUGGCCAUCUGAUGCAUGCGCAGGUGACGUCUCCCCCGCUUUAAAUAUAUGUCUAGAAAUAAGUACUCAACCCAAUACCACGAUGAGAGGAGAGCUACAGGUACAUGUGCAUUUAAUAGAGAAUAAUACAGCUAUGUAUUCAGCGUAAAUUGUUUUGAAUUAAAAUCACGCAAUUGUAAAAAUGCCCACUGUUAGAAUUUUCACAUUGAAAAACGACUUGUUCAUUUUUGUUGCGUAUGAAAUUUAGAAUAUAAACCUUAAAAUAUAGAAAAAAACGCUAA